AUGCCUCGCGCCAAGCUGCGCAUGGAGCCCUGCGACUGUCUGGAGUGCCGGGAGCCGCUGGCUGGCCGGCCCGCCGCCACCGCCGCCGCCGCCGUCGCGCGCCUCGACCCGCCGCCCAAGAGCCUGGUGCUCUGCCUCUCCGGGGUGCCCACCUCUGCUGCCAGCCUGCAAGGCGUCGAGCUGCCCCACCUGGAUGCGGCGGUGCUGGGCGGCUGGGCCGGCCUGCUGGCCUGCCGUAGCGGCGGGCCCUCCUUGCCGCUGCAGCUGCUCGGCCUGCGGCAGGCGGGGCAUGCUCCGCCGGCGGGGCUGCUGCCCGACAGGUUCAAGCAGCUGCGGGCUGUGCUGCUGACCGACUCGCCUGAAGUGGCACAAGCCGGCGCCCUGGCUGGCUGCUACGCCGUGCAACAGCUUGGCAGCGGCAGCAGCAGCAGCAGCGGCGGCGGCGGCGGCGGCAGCGGCAGCAGCGGCAGCGGCGGCGGUUCAGCCUGGCCGCCGCCCGCGCAGCUGGCGGCCCGCGUCGCCCGGCUGCUGCACGUGCGCCCGCUGCGCCCGCCCGCGGAAGCUGCACCCGCCGCAGACCCGGCGCUCGCGGCUGUGCUGGCAGCUGGCGCCGGCGCCGGGGAUCCCGGGGCUGGUGCGGCGGCGGCGGCGGCGGCUGCUGCUGCGGCGGCGGCGGCUGCAGCGGCGGCAGAGGAGGAGGAGGAAAGCGAUGAUGUGAUCGACAUGCUGAUUCUGGCGCUGGAUGCAGCGAGCGUGCCGCCUCCGCCAGGUGGCGGCAGCGGCAGCGGCGGCGGCGGCGGCGAUGGCAGCGGCAGCGGCGAUGGCAGCUGGGCGCUGGAGUGGGCUGACUGCCUGCUGAAGAAUCUGAACUCUGUGCCCGGCUUCCGGGACACCGUGCUGCUCAGCCUGGUGCUGGGCCCCGGGGCCGGGCCGCAGCCGCCCAGCAUGCAGGCGCCCAGCCAGCCGCAGCCGCCGCUGCUGCUGCAGGAGGAGCCGCCGCUGGUGGCGGCGGCGGGGGCGGCGCCCGCAGACUUCCCCCCCGUGCGCCGCCCGCUGCAGAGCUACCAGCUGGCGGGGCUGGAAAGCGUGGCGGUGGAUGCGCUGCGGCCCGCGCUGGUGGCGCACCGCCUGCCUGGCGUCAUCAGGCGAGCAGCUCCAUGCGGCAACUCUAGUUUUGCGCCGCCAUGUCACACAAUCUUCUUGCAAUGCCAGAUCCGCCAACAGCGGGUGGAUGAAGCGCAGCGGCUGGGGCUGGAGCAUGUCGCGCGGCGCGGCGCCGCGAGCUGCAUCCUGGCCGAGCGGCUGCUGCCAGAGGUGGCGUACAAGCUGGGGCGAGCGGCCAAGUACGGCGCGUGA